CAAUUAUUUAAUCCAAGUCCCCUAUCGUUUUUCAGAGUCUGUCCUAGAUUCUCCUCAUAGCAUACUGUAGCUUGGGAGAAGUCGUCAGUACACAAAAUGUCUAAAGAGGUCCCACGUGAACCAGAGCAGCUCCGAAAGCUCUUCAUCGGAGGUUUGAGCUUUGAAACAACAGAUGAGAGUUUGCGAGCUCAUUUUGAGCAAUGGGGAACACUAACAGACUGUGUGGUCAUGAGGGAUUCUCAGACCAAGCGGUCACGAGGGUUUGGAUUUGUCACAUAUUCUUCUGUGAAAGAAGUUGAUGAGGCCAUGACGAUGAGGCCCCACAAAGUUGAUGGAAGGCUUGUCGAGCCUAAGCGUGCAGUGUCCAGAGAGGAUUCUAACAGGCCUGGAGCGCACAUCACAGUCAAGAAGAUCUUUGUUGGUGGUAUCAAAGAAGACACAGAUGAAAGCCACCUUCGUGACUACUUUGAACAAUUUGGCAAAAUUGAUGCAAUUGACAUUAUGGUUGAUCACAAAACCGGCAACAAGAGGGGCUUUGCAUUCGUCACUUUUGAUGACCAUGAUGCAGUUGACCGUAUUGUCAUUCAGAAGUACCACACCGUAAACAGUCACAACUGUGAAGUGAGGAAGGCCCUCUCCAAGCAAGAGAUGCAGAACACUGGAAGGGGAGGAGGUGGCGGCAGCUUUGGCAGAGGUGGUGGAUAUGGCAAUGACUUCGGCGGUGGACGCGAGGGCUACUUUGGAGGAGGAGGAGGAGGAAGAGGUGGUGGAGGAGGAGGUGGAGGAUAUGGCGGUGGAGAUGGCUACAACAAUGGUUAUGGAGGCGAUGAUGUUGCUCCUGCUGUAGGUGGCUAUGGCGGCGGCGGCAGUGGUGGUCCUGGCUAUGGUGGUAACCGUGGAUAUGGAGGCGGCGGUGGUGGCGGAGGAGGUUAUGGCAACCAGGGUGGUGGUGGCGGCUAUGGAGGCAAUGGCUACGGCAAUGGCUACGACAAUGGCAAUGGAGGCAACUAUGGUGGUGGUAACUUUGGAGGUGGUGGUGGUGGUGCCGGCGGAGGCGGUGGUGGCAACUACAAUGACUUUGGCAACUAUGGCAACAGCCAGGCAUCAAAUUACGGUCCCAUGAAGGGUGGUAACUUUGGAGGUGGUGCUAGCGGCGGUGGUGGUGGCGGCAGAAGCAGUGGUCCCUAUGGUGGUGGCUAUGGAGGUGGUGCAUCUGGUGGCGGCGGCGGCGGAUAUGGAGGUGGCUCAGGAGGACGGCGCUACUAGACUUUUUGGCAGGACUCAGUACUUAGGAGAGAGGAGAACAGGACAGAGGAGAACAGGAGAGGUGACAGGGCAGCUGCAGGUUUACUCCCGCUAGAUCUGCUCAGCCAAACAGUUGUGGCAGGUUACCGCUGCCACAAAGAAGAGAUGUGUACUAUAGUGCAAAAAUCAUGUGUGAGGUUUCAUGAAAUUUGUGUUUGUCAAACAGGAUUAUUUUAUAUGUCAUUUCUGGAUAAGCAUUCCAAUGAGGUUUUUACAUGUAGAUUACUUUUAAGUCAGUCCCAUCUUUAUUUUUAUGUAAAUGCAACUAAUCAAGUUGAAAUAAACUUGUUUCUUUUUUUUAAAACGA